GGCGGUUGCUACGGUUGUUUAUUGAAAGUGUGCUGUGAAAAAUGUAUUAAUAAAAGAAAUUUUAUGCUAAAAUGGAGAAAAAAGUGACAAUAUUUAAACAAAAGUGAUAAUACUUUGAAUUAAAGUUAUAAAAUUCAAAGCAUAAGUGUUCUAUACCACAGGGAAUGAAAAGCAAAUUUGUAUGCGGCAGCCAGCAGAGCUAUAAUCCGAAAUGCAAGACAACAUUGAUGAUGACGACACCCAUCUCUGCAUCAAAUGCAGUCAAACCAUUGUGGGACUCUCGAAUUACAUACAACAUCGCAAGCAAAAUUGCAAUCGUAAUGCCACUGCCACAAUAACACCCAACCCACAAAAGCUAACAGCACCAGAUACAACAUCCAGAUCACCUCAGCAACCCAGCCAAGUAACACCACCCAUCAGCUAUGAGCCUUUUCACUUUGCGGAGCCCGAACCACCCUCAGCCUCAAGCCAUGGCGGUAAAACUUCAAAAUCCUUGGGAGAGAAUUAUGAUCUACCCUAUGAAUUGGGAGCGGAUGUGUUCUUUUCCUCUCUACAACUGCAAAGUGUUCAAUCCUCGGUGGGUCAAAAUGCUGCCUCGCCAGCCCAGACGGGAGGUAAAACGGGAGCGCCCUCCCAAGGAGUGGUGGGACAUUUACAAAGACAAAAAUCCAUGCAAUCCGAUCAUUCUACACAUGAAGAGGAAUCUUGGAUUGAGGAGAAGAAAUCCUAUGACUCCAUAUUCAAGUCUUUGUCUUUUGAGUUGAGUGAAGAGGAGGAAGAAGAUGAAAAUGAAAAUGACAAUGAGGCAGAGAUUGAUAUGCCAGAUGAUGAAGAAGAAGAGGAGGAUGACUACGAUCCUGUGGCAGAGGUGCCAGGAGGCAAAUGGAAAUCUCCCUUGAUGAGGCAUUCUCCUCCUGUGGUACCCGCUUCGCAUACUGGGGGCAAAUGGAAGCCAGAGCAUAGACCCAAUCUAAGAGUAGCCCAUUCCCAACUCUCCAGGUUGUCACCCAAUUGGGAUGAUCACUUGGAUGAUGUGGACCUUAACGAUGGACAACAUCCACCCUCAGAUCAUACCAAGGGAAAAUGGGUACCCGGCACCAAAAUGCAACGCCUGGAAUACAAAGAGGUGGUGGACUGGGCCAAACAUCCUUCCAAGCAGGAUUAUUGGUGUAACAUAUGCUGCCGCAAAUUGAAGAGUAAGGCCAUCUAUGAAAAUCAUUUGAAGACCAGUUAUCACAUGAAACGCUCUGAGCCAGAGACCCAGCUGGAGAAGGCUGUCAUACAAGAAAUCUCCCAGGAGGAUAUAAAUCGUAGCUUUGCUCUACAGUUGGGAAAAAUACACUCAGUCACCACUGCUUCGAGCUUGGGUGGAGGGAAAAAACGCAAAAGACGUUCGACUUAUUUGAGAUGCAGCCUCUGCAAACAUGUCAUGAAUCGUCAUUUGAUAGGCAAACAUUUGAUAUCCCAUUAUCAUUAUAGGCGCAUGCAGCUGCAUCCUGGCCUUUCAUUGCAUGUCAUCUUGGAGAAUAUACAUUCGAUAGUCCUGCAAUCACCAUUCCAAUGCCGCCCUUGUCGCUUUUAUGCCAACACCGAGGAAGCUUUUCUGUUGCAUUGGAAUUCCGCUUCGCACUUGGAUGUGUCCGAAGGACCAGGACGUUUCUGGUGCUCCUAUUGCCAAUAUGAAUGUGAAGACAAUAAUCAAAUGAGGCGCCAUCUAUUGGGACCCGAGCACAAAGAGGUCCUGCUGGCCAUUAAUCGUUCAGUGCCCAUUUGUAUAAGUAAAAGGCUCAGCAUAAAAUGCUCUAAAUGUGGCUUGGUCUUUCGUUAUAAUUUUGAACUGCGCCGACAUAUACGACAACAACAUGCUGGGGUGGAGUAUUUUGGAAGUGCCUCUGAUGCCUAUCAAUCGAAGUUUAAGUGUUUGAAUUGCUCAGAUAUUUUGCCUUCCAAAAUUGCCUUGCAGAGGCAUGAGAAAUUCAAACAUUCCAUAUCGAAAUAUUUUUGCUCGAUAUGUUCUUUGGAAUUCAAUAGCCCUUGUAAGGCCAGAAGGCAUCGUAAGACCUUGGAGCAUAAGCAAAAAGCAGGCAGGGUGGAGAAGUGGAAGGAUUUAAAGCUUACAAAGGAGGAUAGCUUUAAGGCAAGUGUUGCCUUAGAGGAAGCAAAGGAAAUUCCCAGGUUUGAUGAUCCCACACUAGCCGAAGGACCAUUUCUUACCAUAACCGAUGAAGAAGUCUACUCCCCGAAAAUCAAAUAUGAGGCCUUAACUACUUCAGCUGAAGAGCUAAGAUGGAAAGAGGAUAUGGGAAUUAAGGAACACAAAAAGAGAAAAAUUUCUUCCAUUGAAAUUUGUACCCUGCCUCUUCAAAUGACCAGCCAUCCCACAGACGAUCAACCCUCCACCAGUAAAGAAUCUCUGAAAAGAUUAAAGUUCUUGCAAAAAUCCCAUCAAGCCAAAAAGACCCUAACAUGCAUUGAUUGCCACCAAAAAUUUCCAACCAGAGAGCUUCUUAAAGAACAUCGAGAGAAAGAGCAUUCUCUCUCACAAUGCAUUAUUUGUGGCGACAAAUUUGUAACAGCUCAAGAGCUGGGAAGGCACUCGCGUAAAUGUAAACCUCAGACUAAUAAAGUCGUUAAACCGGCUUCCGCAGACUGUGGCGGCGACAACAGUCAGAUUAUAACACAGAUUGAUGAUCAAGGACAGCUAAUAAGGAAAUGUGAUCUAUGUGAUUAUAGCUCCAACUUCCAAUCGGAAAUCAUCUAUCAUCGCAUUUUCCAUGUUAUAAGUCCCAUGGGUUCCAAGGAGCUCAUUAAGUGUCCUCUAUGCGAGAAGAACUUUCGUAAACAAUCUCUACGUUGCCAUUUGCGUCAACAUACCAAUGAGAAAAUAUUUGCUUGUGACAUUUGUGAUGCAAAAUAUAGCAGACCCCAAAAUUUAAAGGAACAUAAGGAUAGAGCCCACAGCUGCAAACCGAAACCAGAGAAAACUUUAGCCAGCAAAAUUGCUUGCAAGAAAAACUUUCAAUGCCACAACUGUGGCAAGGUAUUCAAGAGCAAGCAAACUCUACAUAUCCAUUGCCUGACACAUCAUGGUGCCAAACCGGAGCAACGUUUCAUGUGUCCCCAUGAGAAUUGUGAAUAUGGGACCGUAAACAAUGCCCUGCUUAAGGUUCACUUGGCCUCACAUUCGAUUGAAAGUUUCAAAUGUUCACACGAGAACUGCAACUAUGUGGGCAAGAGUGAAUUACACUUGAAGAGGCACCAAAAAUUGCAUAUGCCCGAAGAUGAUGUGAAAUAUUUCGACUGCGACAAAUGCUCGUUCAAGACCAAGAUCAAGGGACAUCUGCAAAGGCACAUGCGUUGUCAUACCGGCGAAAAACCCUAUCAGUGUCAACAUUGUGAUUUUCGCACAAAUGUUUUGGAGAAUCUGCGAAAGCAUGUCUUGAAGACGGGCAAACAUCCGGGAAAAUAUAUGUAUGAAUGUAAAUUGUGUGAUAAGGGCUCGUCUGAAAAGGACCGAAAUGAUCGCACUGCAUAUAAGACAAAUUCUUUACUUGAAUAUCAGAAACAUUUGGAUAAAAUUCACAAUACCACCUAUAAGCCUGGUGGCAACUCAUAAUACAAUUGAAGGAUGCUGAUUGACUAUUACUGCAAGGAAGCAUGAACUUAUUUUACCUAAUUUGUAAAAAUUAUUAAUAAAGAAUUUUUUA